AUGGAUUUCGAUCGAGAAAGUGAGACAAGUGUCUCAUCUUUUGAUAACGGCAAUGAUAUUAGUGACGAUACUGAAAGUGACGUGGAAAUGGAUGAAGAAAGCAGCGUUGUGGAAAAUGAAGACGAAGAACUUCAAUGGAAUUGGAGCGAAGACUUUAUCCCAAGUACAAAUUUUUCUUCAGCGGAAAUCAAAGGACAUACAGCGAUACCUCUUACAGAAAGCAUCGACCCAAUCGAUAUCUUCAAUAAAUUUUUUACCACGGAUAUCAUUGAUAUGAUUGUAACGCAAACGAAUGUUUAUGGAGAGAAGAAAUCUUUAGCGAAGGGAUCACCAAAUAACUGGCAAAAAAGUGAAUGA